CCUUGUUCUAAAAUGACAUUGUUAAAUCAGAUUUGGCCCCACAAGAAUCAGACUUCAAAUUUGUGAUCGUCCUUCCUCAUUUUGAGUUGACCUCUGAUUUAAUUUAGCUUAAUUAGUCCGAUAUUGGCAAUUAGGGCUUGGAAUCUAGACCAAACAGUAUGGGAAAUCGUGGUCUGGUUUGCGGUCUGAAGUGGUAUGAACCGCGGUCUCCUCAUUUAGUGUGUGGUCUGAAGUGGUUUGGACCGCGGUCUAUAGCAGUAAAUCGUAACAGACCGUGACACAUUACCUACUAACUCAUACCAAAAUAACACUAAAUUAAACCUCCAUUAUGUAUUUAAAGAACAAAGUUAGUUGAUUCUUCAUCUAGUUUGGAGCCAACAAAUUGCCAAAUGAUCGCUUAUGCGUUAUCUCAUUAUCAAUGAAUCACACAAAACCCAGAAAGAUUUAUAAUAUUCACUGACAAUGUCUAGACUAUGGAUUCGAUAAAAUAUAAACAUUAUAACAAUUCAUUCACAUUAAUUAAUGAGAUAAACGACCAUCUUAGUGGUUCAAAACGAUCUCGACGUCAUCACUAAGGUGAUCGACCGCGAGAACCUUCGGAUCACUCGAGAGAGGGAGAGAAGCAGUCGCACAAAGAGGAAGAAGGAAACAAGGCUAUUUGAUGUGUGUGUUUUAAAUGGAUAUGAGAUAGAGCCGUGGAGACUAAAGAGAGUUUGAAAAUUGAAAAAGCCCACUUCUUUCCUCGUAUAUUUCUUCUCAAUUUAAUUACGAUCACUAAAUUUUUGUUCCACUAGCAUAUUGGGCACUUGAAUUUUUGUUUAUCAGAUAUCGACAAAGGGUUGGAGGAGCAAUAAGAGUGAAUUUUUUUAACAUAGUAUGCUUGGUUUAGACCGUACCGGACCGCACCACACAAGUAUAGGCUGGUUUGGAUCGUAUAGUCAAUGGUCUGAUCCAUAGUUUAUGUUCCGACCUCUCGAUCUAAAUCACAGACCUAUGAUCUGGUCUAGUACGGACCACACCGUUUUCCACCCUAUUGGCAACCAUAUUGCAAGAUUAGCAUGAUGAAAUAAUGACCCCAUUAGGGUUGGGAGUCUUUCCAUGAUUAGGGAAAGAAAGUAAGAAGCAAAAAGAAGAAAGAAAGGAGAUGAUGAUGAUGAUGGUAAUUUGCCUCUCUUUCACCUACUCCUCAUAACUUCACAUUCAAGCAAGGCAUUUUUAUAUGUGUAGGGUCAUGAUCAGCAUGGGGCUUUUCCCUUUCUCAUAAACAAACCGCUCCCUUUAACCUCCAAAUCCUUCAAUUCUUCACGUGGAAUUCCUCAUUGGAUUCAAUACACCAAAAUGGGAUUGCACCAUGUCCACUACGUGGAUCAGCUGAUAACCAACUCUCAGCCUAUCCUCUAAAGUUCGAAUUGAAAAUGUGCAUCGUGAAGGAAAUCACGUAGCAGAUUGUUUACAAUUUUAUAUACUGCAAUUUCAUCAUGUAAAUAAAUCAUCUCCUUGAUUGAUUUGGACCUUCGGUAUUCGAUUAGGUAUGUGAGUUGUUGUAAUUUACUUUAAUCUCAAUUAAUUCUUAAUAUACAUUAUACUGUUUGUUCACGUUGUUUCUAAAAUAAAAACCGAGAUGAGGAGAAACCAUAAUAUAAGCAUUCUAAAGAAUGUGAAAUAAUCGACCAAGAAUAUAAAGUCCAGACUUUUUAAUACUUGGUGUGUGUUUCCUCUCCUACUUUAGUUGCUAUUCAAUGGCAUUAGGCUAAACAUGAACCUAAUCCGUAGGUGUUGUAUUAAAUUGAUACCUAAAAACGUGCGUUGAAUUAAUAGAGUUAGUUUGAAUUGAUAUAGAUUCGAUCGGAACAAAUGAAAAUUAACCACAGUGUAUUUUCAAUAUGAUUUUAAUCCUCUUCCUAUUUAUUUUUAUGUCGUGUUUGCUUUGGUUACAUAUGUAAUUAGAUUAUCAACCAAUUCCGACUAAAUGAACCUCUAAAUAUAUCAAGAGUUAAUUGUCCAUGUUAAUGAAAUAAGACUAUAGCGACCAUUUGUAUCGAAUAACUCGCCUAAUUAACGCUAAGUUGGUAUGCUUUUAUGACGAUUAUGUAUCAUUGUCAUGUUAUUAAACUUUGAACCGUAUUUCUCGAUGAUUUGAUAUUCGCCAGAAUGAUCAAUACCCAACUAUUUUUCUGUCAAAACUUAAAAAACAUUUUGUUUUUAUUUAGAAAUUCACGGGUUAAACUACUAAUAAGUAAUAACCGAUCCACUUUCAAAAAUUCCUCCCGCAAACUUUGCUCUUUUUUCUUAACCGCUCCACUCUUCUUCUCUUCCUCUUCCACCCUUUCCCUUCCCCUCAGGGCCUCAUUCAAAUCCCAGAAAAACGUAUACCUUCUCCAUCUCUCUCUCUCUCCCUCACAGAAUGAGAUAUGCAUCAUCAUCAGAAGCCAAAUCCCAAUUGGUAUCUGAGAUUUGCUCUCUGUCAACUCUCACCAUUGCCUGCAUCCAUAAAGACCUCCCCUGCCUCUCUUCCCCUACUUCCCCUGACUCACAUUUCAUCGACUGGUAUCGCCUUCUCGGUGUAGAAGAAAAUGCAGAUUUCGAGGAUAUUAAAAAGCGGUACCAUCGCCUUGCCUUACAGCUUCAUCCUGACAAGAAUGAUCACCCGAAAGCCGACAUCGCAUUCAAACUCAUCCUCCAGGGGUACUCUGUUCUAUCAGACAGUGUGAAGAGGAGAGAGUUUGAUGGUGAGAGAAGGAAAUGCUUCUGCGUUGUGUGCAACAGAAUCCCGUAUUCAGCACCAAAGGUGAAGGUACCCAUCAACGAGAUUCAUUCGAGGGCUUACCGAAUUCGGCAGGCUUUGAAAGACAUAAGGGAGAGGUUCAAGGAAGAAGCUAGAGUGAUGGAGAAUUGUCUAAAGGUUAAUGCUGCUUCAUCUUCAAGAAGGGACGAAGUCCCGGUUUUCAUGCCAACUUCUUCGCCGAACCAGUUGUUGUUCCGAUGCAGAUCGAGGAGAGAAUCGCCAGUAUUCGAUCCAUGUGACUAUGGAUCUGAAGGGUAUCCUCAUUUUAGGGAGAGGAAGAGCUAUAGUAAGAAGCCUGAGAGUUUCUGGAACAUGCAGAGGAGACAGAUUUUUAGUAAUAAUGGGCAGGGGUCAAGAAAGGUUGAGUUUCCUGUGUUUGAGAACAGGCUAGAUAGAGGGAUGAUGAAAAGCAAACCUGCUUGCGUUCAUUCAUAACUCAACUAUUCUUUUCCAUAAAUGAUAGAAAUUCAG